GUGAUCGGAGUAUCGCUUAUUUCCGUUUGCAUUUCGAUUCUGCUUCCACUCAACUUCAUCGGAGCCAAUGAACGUCGUCCGAACAGUGCGGCGCAACACCCCUUCGUUCUCAACAAUCUCAUCGAUCGACAGCGAUUUUCUCGCUUUCACGACCACACGACCCAGCUCCAUCACCUCGGAAAAUGCGACGACACGUUGGGAUGAAAGGGCUUCGCGCUCUACCCUCCGCACUGUAUCCCAAUAUUUCGGAGGACCGAGUCGGUGCAAGUGACUUGUCUAAGAGCUACGCUCCGAGCAUCACCGCCGGCCCAGUCGCUCCACCUCAAAGCUCUUUCAGCCCUCCGCGCGGUCUGCGCAAGCGUCCCCGGCGAGACUACUCUGAAGACAACUAUUACGAACAACUUCACGUUCCAAGCUGGAGUGAGGACUCUUGGACUAGUGGGGAAUGCGAAGACGGUGCCGAUUCCGAAGGCGAAGACGAUCCCGAGGGUCGUGACGAUUCCGAAGGCGGUGAUGAUUUUCAAGUUGAUGACAACAUGGAAGACGAUGACGAGGGCGAAAGUGACAACAACUCCGAAAGGAGUGACGAUUCCGAUGACGUGAUCGACGUGGUCUCACCAGUUCUACUCGCACUUGGGGACCACAACAAGUACUCCAGCUCGUCUGAAAUCCGAGAAACGGAGCACGAUGCCCGAGGUUCCGUGGGCGGUGCAGUGCCGUCAUGCAUGGUCACUCUAUUCGUCAAAGCUCCCAAUACCAAUCGCCAAGCAGCGAGGGACGACAGCUCCGGCUUCAUGGGCAUCAGGAAAGGAGCAGCGCCCCGCCUCGCGACCCUUUCUAUCAAGAUUUCUAGGACUUAUACUGUCCGGUUCGCCGUUACGGAGAACGUUCUCCGUCAGGUUCCAGCGUACGCCCAACAGCUCGACACGGCAAUCGCAGAAAACGAAGUAGAGCAUCGCUUGUAUAUCUCCGACUUGGAAAUCCGCAAAGAAGAGCCUAUGUUCCAGGUCAUCGAAUACCUAACGUAUGGCAUCCUCAAGCCUCUUAAAACGGAAGAUCCAGAUGCCUGUUUCGACAGCCUCCUCGAACUCCUCGAGCUCUAUGAUCUGAGUGCUGCCUUGGACAUCAAGACCCUCGCGUUGGCCGUCGUUCAACAUCUCGACCAGAGCGGGAAACCCGAUCUACCGAAUUUCGUUGCCUUUGCAAUUGAAUGCUUCAGAUACAACUCGGGACAUGCGGUAACCGCGGACUGUCCUAUGUGGUUGUACAUUAAGCGAAUGCUGAGCAAGCAUCUCAACGAAUUGAAGCGCUUCAAACUGACCGAGGACCUCAGAGACGCCGGCGGGAUUCUGAGCAAGCUUCUGAUCGAUGCGCUCCUGGAGUGUGGUCCACAGGAUCAUACAUAGCACAACGCUUGCCCUAUCGCGAGACGACUUUGGGACUGCCCGCGGAGCCGGCCAGCGCAGGCUAGAUCUUUCAUGGGGGCAGCACGCAAAGCCUCUAUCAAUGGACCAUUUUUGAGCAGAGUAAGUAGGUAGAAAUAGCAUAGGAAGAAGAAACUAUCUGUAGAGCAGCCAUGCGGUGCACUUUCAAGACGACUCCCAGGCUGUUCUUCUUGGCCGAGCACAUACAUCCGGAAGGCUUCUUUUGGACCUGCGAUGAACCGCGAAUUGUCAUUCCAGCCGCGAUGCCGAUCGAUCAAUGACCAACGUGUGAGUCAAGAAUCCUCAGUCCACGUGCCAGCAUAGCAUACUCGAGGUUCUUCCGAAAGCCAGCGUGAUCUGUCUCUCGUUCCUCAUCUUUCUCGUCUCGCCCGUAAUUUCCCUCUUCGGCAUCAAAUCAGGCUGGCGCUAGUCCUAAUUCGGUCU